GUUAAAAAAAGAAAUAUAGAAAAUACGGCACAACUCAAUGACUAGUGACACCAUUACACUUUCUCUCUCCAAAUAUCCCCAAAACCAUUCUCUUUCUUCUCCUUCUAUUCCACUCUUCAAUUUUCUCUCUCCUCUUUUUUCUUCUCUCACUCUUCAACCCUAAAUCAAUUCACUCUUUAUUCUUUUUUUCAUUUUAAAUCGUCCAUUUUUCUACCACAUUUAUCAUCGUCUGUUCAAUUAAAUUAUUAUUUUUUGAAUUUUUGUUCAUCAGAUUUCGAUCAAUUUUCUAUUUUUUUUUUUGGAAAAUUACUGUUUGUGUUUUAGGUAGGCAGCUCAGAGGUGUGAUCUAAGGGUAUUUGAGUGUUUACCAGCGAUUUUGAGCUGAUGUACACGGGGUUUCUGCUGGAUGCGAAUGUAUAUGGCGAGUGUCUGAUUUUGGUAUCUGAUUGCUCAAAUUGAAGGUCACUGCAGCCUUCUAUGUGAGGGGAUAUUUUCUUCCCAUAAAAAAAAAAUGCAGAAUACUGGAGUUAUUCCAAAAAAUCCGUUAAGAGUGACAACCCAGCAGUCUGGCCGUCGCUUGAGCUUCUGUUCAAAUAUAGCUACUGGACAACACUGCUCUCCAGUUGUGUUUCCUGAAAAACGUAGCAAAGGAAAGGCUUCACGUCGAAAUGAGGUCCUUGCUACUAGCAAUGAUCCACAAACAGCAAAGAGGGAUGAGCACAGAAUUGACAUUGGGGACGAACAAUCUGACUUGUUAGGAUAUGAUGUAUUUACUGGAAAGUUAGUUUUGGAUAAGAGGAAGACUAAGAAAAGUACUGAUGCACAGACUUCAACAGAAUCGAUAAACCAGGAUGCUACUGACGCCAAGCUUACUAGCAAGGCACUAGUUUGGGGAUCAAAUACAUUGUACUUGGAAGAUGUGAUUUCGUUAUCAUAUAACUCUGGUCUAAGACAUUUUACCGUGCACUCCUAUCCGAUAAAGAACCAUGCACUUGUCCCAUCUUGCUUUAUGAAACCUCGAAGAUGUCGGAAGGAUUAUCGUUUUUUGGCUUCAAACCCAGAUGAGGCACUUCAAUGGGUUAAUGCCUUUGCAGAUCAACAAUGUUAUAUUAAUUGUUUGCCGCAUCCACUUGUAUCCUCAAAGAAACAAUCUUCAGAGUCUGGUGAUAUAUUUUUUGAACCAUUUGAACCAUAUAUCAAAUGUAAGAAUCCGCCCAGAAUGCUUGUAAUUUUGAACCCACGGUCUGGACGUGGCCGGUCAAGUAAAGUAUUUCAUCGAAUGGUUGAACCGAUAUUUAAGCUUGCAGGUUUUAAGCUGGAGGUUGUUAAAACAACUUGUGCUGGACAUGCUAAGAAACUUGCCUCCACUGUUGACUUUAGCACUUGUCCUGAUGGGAUCGUUUGUGUUGGAGGUGAUGGAAUUGUUAACGAGGUUUUAAAUGGUUUACUCAGUAGGAAUGAUAAAAAAGAGGUCAUUUCGAUCCCGAUUGGAAUUAUACCAGCUGGUUCUGAUAAUUCUCUUGUUUGGACUGUUUUGGGGGUUAGAGAUCCUGUUUCUGCUGCAAUAUCAAUCGUGAAGGGAGGCCUUACCGCGACAGAUGUGUUUGCAGUUGAAUGGAUACAGACUGGAUUAAUUCACUUUGGGUCGACUGUCACAUAUUUCGGGUUUGUCAGUGAUGUGCUGGAGCUCUCUGAGAAAUACCAAAAGCGAUUUGGUCCAUUGCGUUACUUUGUGGCCGGUUUUCUAAAGUUUUUAUGCUUACCGAAAUACAAUUUUGAAGUAGAAUACCUUCCAGCAUCAACAGGGGCACCUGAGGAUGGAAAAUUUCUAGCUGAUCAAGAGGUAGUUGAUAUGUCUGAUCUGUACACUGACAUUAUGAGAAAAUCUAAUACAGAUCGUCUUCCCAGAGCUUCCAGUUUGUCAAGUAUUGAUUCAAUAAUGAGCCCUAGUAGGAUGUCAGGUGUGGAUAUGGACACAACUGGCAGUAGCACACGUGCCAGCACUGAGCCAUCUGAUUAUGUGCGUGGCUUAGAUCCUAAAACAAAACGUCUCUCUUCCGGGAGGAGGAAUGAAAUGGCGGAACCUGAAGUAAUCCACCCCCAAAUUCCACUUUCAACCACUCCGAAUUGGCCAAGGACUAGGUCCAAGUCACGGGCAGAUAAAGGAUGGACUGGAAUGACCACCACACAUGAUGCAACUAGAAGCUCCUGGGGAAAUACCGGACCAGAUAAAGAGGAUAUUUCUUCCACAAUGUCUGACCCAGGUCCAAUCUGGGAUUCUGAACCUAAGUGGGACUCCGAGCCUAACUGGAAUGAAGAAAAUCGCAUUGAAUUGCCUGGACCUCCACCGGAAGAAGAUGAAGAGGAUCGAAGGAUUGAAGUAACUCCUAGGUUUGAAGAUAAUUGGGUGGUUAAGAAGGGACAAUUUCUUGGUGUUUUAGUAUGCAACCAUUCAUGCAAAACUGUUCAAGGUUUAAGCACUCAGGUGGUGGCACCGAAUGCUGAACCUGAUGACAAUGCCUUAGAUCUAUUACUGGUACACGGAAGUGGUAGGCUAAGGCUGUUGAGAUUUUUCUUACGUCUACAAUUUGGUCAACAUUUGUCCCUGCCGUAUGUUGAGUAUGUGAAGGUGAAAUCUGUCAGGAUCAAACCAGGAAAGCAUUCUCAUAAUGGAUGUGGGAUUGACGGGGAGCUUUUUCCUGUCCAUGAACAAGUCAUAACUUCAUUGCUCCCUGAACAAUGUCGGCUUAUUGGUCGACCUCCCAGCCGACAGAUAUGAAGCCAUUGACAAGUGUAGAUCAGUUUUCUUCAUUUUGCAGUUGGGGUGCAUGGGUUCUCCCUCAGCUUCUGUGUGGUAAUAGAAUGUGCAGAACAUAGAUAACAUAUAAACCCUUUAAAUUUUUAAUUUUAUUAUUAUUUUUUCUUGUGGUCCCACCUCCUGCUAUUUUGUCUUUGCAAUGUAAGAGCUGCUUGUAAAUUUUGUCAGAUAAUGCCCUGCUGUUGCUUCCAUUCUUUUUUUUGAUCUCCCCCUUGUCCACACUUUGUUCAUUGCUGCGUGCAGGCUGUAAUAUUUAUCGGGAAUUCUGUAUUCACCUUGUUCCCCGAGAUAUAUAUGUACUAUAACCAUUUCUUCUAUGUUUUUCCUGAUCAUUAUACAUCGUCUGAUUUCAGUUUU